GCGUUGUGUGUCGGCGAUCUUCAGCGCGAGGAUGACGAUUUCGGCCUGGACGGUCGUCAGACCGAGGGGCGACCUUGGCAUGCUUGUCAAACUGGAACGUCGUUGUCUCCAAGACUCUGCCCUCAAUUAUCGGGAAUUGAUAUCAACACCACUCAAAGCUUAUUCAAGGAUGACGUCCCCGUUCAGAGCAUACUUUGAACGAUCCAUACAGGUCCUGAAACAAAACUCGGCCAAAGUACUGAGCGCAAACCCUUCGCCGAACCUGCAACAGGGGCACCUAGUAUACUCGCUCUCGGCCUCUCAGAAUCCCAACCUGAACAUCAAAGACUACGCGACAGGGUGCGAUGGUGAUAUCGGCGGUCUGAGCACAUGUACCCUGGAUCUGGAUGAGAACGGGGAUGGCAGGUUUUGGGGCGAGAUGAAGUUGGGUGUCAAGCGAGAAUACGAGGGAAAGGUCAGGGGAGGUUAUGCUGGAUUCAGGAACAAGAACCUGCCUACCAUGUUCGGUGCUCUUCACCAUGACUUGUCUCUUUAUACCCACCUCGCCAUCACCCUCCGGCCGUCCGGUGAACCGGCCACCCUACGUCAUUGGUUCAUCAACAUCCAGACCGACGGACCCGUGCGGUCAGACCUGUUUCAACACCGACUCCCCCUCUCCCCUUCCCAGUUGGUCGCUGGCAAAGGCUACAACCAAUGGCAGACUGUACAUGUCCCGCUGAACGGGUUCGUACUGACAAACUCGGGUGCCCUCAGUGACACGCAGAUCCCGAUGAUGAAGAACAAGAUCCGGACGGUCGGGUUCAGUAUCCUUGGAGGAGGUCGAGAGCCAGGUAGUCCGUCUGCCGGUCUACAAGGAGGAGGAGGAAAGAGGGCUUCAUACCCUGGUACCGGGGAUAGCGAGCUGGACAUGAUCGAAGAUGACCUGACACUUCGAGCCAAGGAGACUAGGGAUCAGGAAGAGGACUUGCGGCCCCAGGGUUUACGACCGGGUGAGGAGGCUUCGGAGGAGGGUGAACAUGCCGCUGCUGCCUUGGGCGGGAUCGAAGGGAGGUUUGAACUGGGGAUCAAGGAGGUACGGGCUGUCAAUCUCGACAACGAGGCGCCGGAAGAAUCAGUGUGGUGAACCAGUGGCCAUGAUCCUGAUGGCAAGAGGGAAGGAGAGAAUUGUGAUGAUACCGAUGAGACAGAUAGUCGAGGUCCCGAAUCCCUUGAUUGCGAUUCUGCUUCGAAAUUUGAAAUCCCUCCUAUUGCAAAUCAACCAACGUAAGCAAUCACCUUGCUCGUCGGUGGUGAUUGGAGACGUCAGAUUGCCGUCAUUAAUGUUGUUGAUGCUGUGAGAGCUGAUGUAGCUACGUCUCGUGAAUCGAACUACAUUUCUGCCUGAACUCGCGUUGACGCGACGCGUCUGAUCGGGGGAUGCUCGUCAUCUUCGCAUCUUGGUAGCUUGGUAUCUCAUUCGCCUCGGUGACGUUCUUGCCAACUAUCGUUCAAGACGAG